AUGACAUCAAUCGGUACGGGUUACGAUCUUUCCAACUCGGUGUUUUCACCAGACGGCCGCAACUUUCAGGUGGAAUAUGCUGUCAAGGCGGUCGAGAACGGCGGCACAGCUAUCGGUAUUCGAUGCAAGGAUGGUGUCGUGUUGGCUGUGGAGAAAAUCAUCACCAGUAAACUUCUGAAGCCUGGGGCGAAUAAGAGAAUCGCAACUGUCGAUCGUCAUGUUGGCAUUGUAUCGGCCGGUUUGAUUCCCGAUGGUCGUCAUUUCGUUUCCCGCGCCCGCGACGAAGCCUCCUCGUGGAGAAGUACAUACAAGGGUCCUAUCCCGACCUCGGCACUGGCGAACCGUCUCGGUGGCUACGUACAAGCAUACACUCUGUACUCCAGUGUACGGCCAUUUGGUGUGACCUCCAUUGUCGCAGGAUGGGACAGCGAGGCGGAGCUCGCCGUUGAUGGUCAGGUGGGCUCCGGACCCAAUUCGGGUGCCGGCGGUAAGGUCAAGGGUGCCAAGGCUGGCGGGCCGGGUCUAUACAUGGUUGAGCCGAGUGGGUUGUACUGGGGAUACUACGGUGCUGCCACCGGAAAGGGACGGCAAGCGGCCAAGGCCGAGUUGGAAAAAUUGGAUCUCAGCUCGGGGAAGCUUUCGUUGAUGGAGGGUGUCAAGGAGGCUGCUCGUAUUAUCUACGUUGCCCACGAAGACAGCAAGGACAAGGAGUUUGAAUUGGAAAUGUCCUGGAUCAGCUCGCUGGACGGUCCCACCAAGGGUCGACACGAGGAAGUGCCCAAGGAUGUCCUCGAGGAAGCCGAGAAGGCCGCUCGACGGGCUCUGGACGAGGAUGUGGACGAGGAAGCAGAUAAGCCUGCCGGUGAGCAGAUGGAAGAGUAA